AUGGUUGCCUACGCCCGCCGCUCCAGGGCACCGGGGCGCCCGCACUUCACCCUCGACGCCCACCCUUGCGAGCAAGAGCUCAUCGCGGCGUACCUCGGCCCGCGAGUCACCGACGGCGACAUGUCGUGCAAGUUCAUCCACGAAGGCGACGUCUACGCCGCCCACCCUGAGGACCUCACGCAGCAGUACGCCGCGGCCGUCGCCAGCAACGGCGACGAGGCGUGGUACUUCUUCACCGCCGUGCGGGCCAAAGGCGGCGGCCGCAGGGGGCGCACGGUGGACUCGCAGGAGGGGUGCUGGCACUCGGAGGCCGGCUCCAAGCCCGUGGUCUCGGCGCACCACCAAGGCGGAGGCCUCCUGGGGCAUCGCCAGAACUUCUCGUUCGUCACCAAGGAGGACGGCGUGCGGGUCCGCUCAGGGUGGCUCAUGGUGGAGCUCGGCCUGCACGGCGACGGUCAGGACGAGGUCACCCUCUGCAAGGUCUACUUCAGCCCGCGCGCCGCCAAGAACAACAAGAAGCCCGCCGCGUCGUCGUCCGCGCGCAAGAGGAAGGCCGACGCCGGCAGCCCUGCCCCGGCGCGCCAAUGCCGCCGCCGCCGCGAAAUGAGCCAGGACGAUCAUCCGGUGGAGAAACAAGACGUGAAGGCCGGCAAACAAGAGGGGCUUGUCGAGGAGAGCUCGGCGGACGAGCCCGGGGUUGUGAAUCCGAAUGACUUCUUUUGGUGGCUGCGGAACAAGGAGAAGGUGAGGCUGGCAUUGGGCAUCAGCGAGGAAGACUUCUACAGCCCCCCAUCUGCGGCUGCCUUGGAAAGAAGUUUCGGGCCGGACUGGCCGCCGGCUGCACCACCUUCCAGCCCCGUCGUUCCCAGCAAGGACAAGCCCGUGGUCAUGUGGUUGACGUACGAGGAACUUAACGAUCUGCCGGAGGUCAGAGAGUUCUUGUCGCCCACCAAGUUGCUGGAGGAGAUGAGAUCGUCAGUCAAGCAACACGAGUAG